GAUAUUUUUGACCGAAAGUGCAAAGUUGAAGAGCAAUAUUUAGAAUUUAAAUAAAUUUAAGCACGAAGACAAAGACAAUGAAGUAAGAGACAAAAAUUCAACCAACCAAAGAGGCAAAAAUGGGAAAGAAGAAUUAGAAGAAGCAUAAGAAAGAGAAAAAAGGGGAUUCCCAAUGAUCAACAAAAAUACUCACAUUAGUAGAGUGGUUAGAGAGCAGUUGAAGAAGAACAAGAAACUCACCAUAAUUUCCAAUGCCUCAAAUCCAUUUCCCAUAAGAAACCACUUCCUUCCUGCAAAAUCCCCAAAUUCCUCAAUUCCUUCUCUUCAUUGAUAAUGAAGGAAUCCUCCAAGUCAUGGCGGCCUUUCACCGCCAAUUGCUGCUCCGCCGACGACCAAACCGCCUUCGGAAACUUCAGCCGCUGCCGCCCGAACCGCUCUGAUUUCUCUAAGAACAUAGCUCCGCUGCCGUCAUUCCGGCGGCUGUCGUUUUCGGAUUUGAGCCGGUCGUCUUCGAUGCGAUUGAACGAGGAUCUAGCGGCGUCGUUUGGAGGGGAUUUGUUUGAUUUUCAGUUGAGUGAGUUGCGUGCGAUUACUCAGAAUUUCUCAAGCAAUUUCUUGUUGGGAGAAGGGGGAUUCGGGAGAGUUCAUAAGGGGUAUGUUGAUGAGAAUUUUCGGAGUGGGCUUAGGGCUCAGGCCGUCGCUGUUAAGCUUCUUGAUAACCAAGGUUUGCAGGGCCACCGUGAAUGGCUUGCUGAAGUUGUAUUUCUUGGACAGCUGAGGCAUCCAAAUCUAGUAAAAUUGAUAGGUUAUUGCUGUGAAGAAGAAGAGAGGCUCCUUGUUUAUGAGUUCUUGCCCAGAGGCAGCUUGGAGAACCACUUAUUCAAAAGGCUGUCAGUCUCGUUGCCAUGGUCGACGAGGCUCAAGAUCGCCAUCGGAGCAGCAAAGGGCCUCGACUUCCUUCAUGGGGCAGAGAAACCUGUCAUUUAUAGAGACUUCAAAACUUCCAAUGUUCUGUUAGACUCGGAUUUUACAGCAAAGUUGUCUGAUUUUGGACUAGCAAAGAUGGGACCUGAGGGAUCAGACACCCAUGUAACCACCAGAGUAAUGGGUACAUAUGGCUAUGCAGCCCCAGAAUAUAUAUCCACAGGGCACUUGACAACGAAAAGCGACGUAUACAGUUUCGGGGUGGUACUUUUGGAGCUUCUUACAGGAAGAAGAGCAAUGGACAAAUCAAGAGCAAAGAAUGACCAAAACCUUGUGGAUUGGGCAAAGCCAUACCUCAGUAGCUCUCGCAGGUUGCAUUGCAUAAUGGACCCAAGACUUUGUGGGCAGUAUUCUGUGAAAGGAGCAAAGGGAAUAGCCAGUCUUGCCCUCCAAUGCACCAGCUUGAACGCUAAAGACAGGCCUAGAAUGCCAGCCAUUGUUGAAGCUCUUGAAAGCCUUCUUCAGUUCAAGGACAUGGCUGUUACUUCUGGCCACUGGUCUGCCUCUGCCUCACCAAAACAUGCCAGAAAUGGCGUCUCUGCAAAGGCCAAAACAGAGACAGGACGCGGAAAUCUCGCGAGAUCUCUGGCUGCUGUGAGCCACAGAUAAUUUGUGUGUGUGUGUGUAUAUAUU